AUGAACAUUUUGCGGAGCAGGAAAGGAGGGGUGGGGGAAGGCACAAAUGACGCCCCUGAUGGGGAAAAGGAAAAAAAAAAAAAUUUUAUCAAAGUUGCCUUCAACUAUGUAAAAUACAUUCUAGAUAACAAAGUUAAGAGCAAAUAUAAGUACUCCUUUUUUAUCGGCCUAUUUAUAAUUUUUUUAAUUUUUAGUGGCUUCUUCCAAAUGUUGCUACAGUUUUAUCACACGUACUUUUACCAUUUCAAAUAUAUUGACGUGUCGGAUACGGACAAAUUGAAGGAAAUCUUUUUCAGCAACAAGCCAUACCUUGUUUACUGCAAAAAUGAUAAACAGGAGACCAUUCACUCAGUGAUUAAUUCCAGCAGAUCCAGUUUUCCAGAUAUUCUGAACAUUGCGAUUAUUAACUGUAACAGUUUACUGCCGAGCAAGCAGACUGUCUAUGAGCGUUUCGCUAUGGAUCCCAAGACGAAGGCCUUCGUUGUUUGCUACGGAAGGAAACCAAAACCGAUUACACUCAACAUGAUGAAUAAUAAAAAAAAAUUCGUAUCCUUUGUGAGAGAAGCAUUAAUAUUCAGUGUGCCAUUUUUUUCAAAAUUUCCUCAAUUUCAAACCAAAUGUCUGAAUAAAAAUAAAAAAUGUAUUCUGUUCAUUUCUGGAAUUCAUAUCACAGAUAGGAGUAUAAAGUAUAAUUAUAUUAACGACAUUUUUGUUAACAAUAAAUAUUUUGAUGUAAGUCCUAUGAUUCUUGACAACAGGAAGUUUUUGCUCAAACUUAGUGAUGAGGUGUUUUCCUCUUACAAUAAAAAACGGGAUAUCCAUGUGCUUUGUCUUUUUAAUUCGAGUGAAGGGGAGAAGGAUAACUACUAUGGAUAUUUUUACAACGACAAUUUUGAGCACUUCGCCAACUUGUCUUCCUUUGUCGCUGACUGUAUGAAGGCAACUAGCGGAAGCACUCAGGUUGUAAAGCUCUCCGCCGUGCCGCAAAUUAAGUACCGAACGAGCAAGAAGAAGUGA